AUGUUCGAGCGUCGUCCCGUGUGGGGAGUCCUGAUACUGCUGACGCUCGUGCUGACGGUAUGGCAGAUGGCGCCGCACGACGCUACCGUCUACCGGGAAGUGAUGUCGGCACGUGACUAUCCUCCGUCGGCGCUGCCGUCGUCGUUGGCGUUCGCGCUGCCCUACGAGCAGGCCGAUCAGCAGCAACAGUAUUCGGCCCAUCCCGUCCUAACACCGCCAUUCGGUGGCGAGGAUAACGUGAUCGGCGAGGACGAACAGGAAGUGGGCGCAGUGCGCCGUGGCACAUAUCUGAACAUCACCUCGCCACCGUGGCUAGUGGCUGCAGUAGCCGCAGGAGCACUCUGGGAACCAGCAGUCAGCAGUAGCGCUAGUUUAGUCCAAACGAGGGAAGUCACCGGGGGUGAAGGGCGUACGACGGCCACCAGCAGUAACACCGCCGUUAGCAGUACACAGUCGACAGCGUCGUUAACAUUAGUCAGUCCGUUCGAGGAAUUGCUGCCAAAUGAGGAUUACACCAGUCUAAUAGAUUUAAAGGAUUUUAAGUUCACCAUCAACCACGACUACUGCGGCGUCGGUGGCGGAACCAGUAGUAGUAGCGACCGGAGUAAUGCCAGCGGCAGCAUAGUUAACCGAAGUACGCUCCCUUCCGGUGGGCCACCGUGGAGCAGCAGGAAGCGUCGAAGGAGAAGCAGCGCCGACGACGGGAGCCUUAUGCGGGACGGAGUGGCCGUGCGAUCGGCGCCGUCGGCGGCACCGCUGGUGUUGGUGCUGGUCCACUCGGCACCGGACAACGUUUUCAAGCGCAAUACGAUCCGCUCGACCUGGGGCCGACCCGACGGUCGGGCGCGUUUGAUCUUCCUGCUCGGGGCAGUCAACACGAGUGCGGCCCAGCGGGCCAUCGAAGAGGAGAGCCGCACGUACGACGAUAUCGUGCAGGGCAGCUUCGUCGAUGCGUACCGCAACAUGACGUACAAGCAUGUGAUGGCGCUCAAGUGGUACACUUACCACUGUCCCGGCGCCCGCUAUGUUCUGAAAACGGACGACGACGUGUUCAUCAACGCACCGGUCCUGUACGACGUGCUGGAGCGGGUUGCGCCCCAGCGGAAGCUGCUGCUCUGCCAGCUGGUUACGAAGUUGAGCGUCAAGCGGACGCACCGCUCCAAAUGGUACGUGAGCUGGCGCGAGUACCCGACCCGCUACUACCCGCCCCACUGUCCCGGCUACUCGAUACUCUACUCGCGCGACGUGGCCCGGGAGCUGUACCGGGAGGCGCAGCGUCAACCGUUCUUCUGGAUCGACGACGUGCACAUCACCGGAACGGUGGCACAGAACGUGAACGUUACCAUCACGCCGAUGGACUCGCUGUAUCUGGACGAGGAGCAAAAGGGCGAGCUGCUCAGCCGGAAGCUCAGCGCUGCGGGCCUGGUGUUUUUCUUCACCAACCCCAACCUGCCGAUGGACGAGAUCCGGCGGCUCUGGUACGCGGUCACAGAACCGGCCCACCGGUGA